GCGCAGCUUCGCCGUGGUUUCGGUUGAGAAUUCUUGGCAACGUCUCACUUGGUGAACAGGCAGCAGACCGUCGGGCAACGGCUGUUUCCACAAUGUCUGGAGGAUUAUUUUAACGGAGCUGGAAGUGAGCGGAAACCCUGGAGCAGCGAAAGAGUUCGUAGACAUAGGCUGCUUUGAUCAAGGAAGACAGUUGGAGAGAGGACUGCAGAAUGAAUCAAAGCCAUCUCCAUCCUUAAGGAAGCUGAGGCUGAGGCUAUAAGGCACGGCCUGGCCAGGCCUGGCACAGUAUGGUUGGUUAAACAGAUGGCACAGUGCAGAGUGAAAAACCGGGCCGCCUCUGCCUGCACAGUGACGUCAGACAUCACCACAAGCUUCGCCUGCACAGCUGAGGGCAAAAAAGAUCUGCAUCAGACAUCAUCCAAGAAAGAAGCACAAGAAGAAGAGGAGGACGACGGCCUGGUUCCAGAUUGGAUGGACCAGUGAAGUCUUUCCCACCCUCCCUGUUAAAAGCAAUGUUUUUGGGAGCUGGAGGUCGUAACAGCACCUUCCCCAGCACCCCUCCCAAUAUGGGAUGCCAGCCCCCUGCCCCCCUGCCCUGAGCUCUCCUGGGGUGUCAUGAAUAGUUACAGAGACAGAGGGGUAACUUGCACCUCCUCAGACCUUCUCGAUGGAGGCGGAGGAGGGUUGCCCCAGCACACUCCAUUUCGUCACACCCCUAAUGGGCACCCGGCGCUAGGUCCCUCUGACCCGGUCAUCCAACCACGCAUCUCUGUGCCCAAAAUGGGUGUCCGUGCACGGAUCGCAGAAUGGCCUCCACGCCGUGCUCAGUCCCGGGAGUCGCUGCUCGAGAAUGGGCAGAUUGGCGGCAAUCACUACGGCGAUGACGGUUCAGUUUUAUCAGUUUUGUCUGACUUCAGGCUGGUGCGGGGAGGAGUCACCAGGUUGCCCCGGCGGAGGUCCAAGGAUGUAGGAGAGUUUGGCGGUGAGAGAAGUUCUCCUUUCAGCCUGAGAGUGUUCCCACCUUUGAGAAAGCGCUCCAACAGUGAAGUGACGCUGAGCGAACAAGAUGAAAAUGAGGUGGAGGCUCGAGGAGAUGGCGGAUUGGGGAACCGGUUCAGGGAAUACGGUAGCACCUCCUCCAUCGACAUCCAAGGCAUCCCUGACCAGAGCUUCUUUGACAUGAUCAGCCAGUUCCGCCAGGAGAGGCCUGACCAGCGCAGCUCUGCACCCAUACAAAUCGGCGAGCUGCUGCGUGCUCCAGACUCGCCACCUGGACCUCUCCCCUCAGCGCCCUCACCUGGUCCCACAGGUGUGGAAGACAGAGAGACAGGAAGGAAAGACGGCACUGAGAGAGUGAGAAAGAAAAGUGGAGGGACAGAGUCGUCGCUGGGCACCUCCUCUUUGUUUCGGAAACUUCGGAGCUCCAAUAGAGGGGAGCUGGAUGGAGGGAAAGGAGAAACUGUUGAGGACAGGGGAACACGAGCUGCCAUCAAUUCCUCCUUUAAAUCGUGGGUGUGUCCAAAAAGCUUUGUCCACUUUGACGCUCAGAGCAUCCUGUUUGACCUCCACGAGGCAGCGGCUCAGCGUGGCUUUGUCACGCAGAGGAGAAACACGGCCACGGGAGCAUCAGCAGCCUCAGUGUCUCUGUCAGUCUCCAGAUCCUCAGCGAGUGUAAACGACCCCAUUUACUCCAGCAUCGAGGAUCUGACUCUGAGCCUCGACCAGGGCUCCACCACGCCCUCACUGGGUGUGGACCCUCUAGAUGGCGCUGGAGCCCAGAGCUCCAGUCCACUUCUCCUCUCCUGCCCACACUUCCUCAAUGAAACCGGAGGCCACGGAGAGCGCAACAUCAGCUUCCUCAGCUCGUCAUUAGAACGAGGAGGAGAUGGAGGAGGAGGGGACGGGGGGAGGGGAUGGCUGAGGAAGAGUAACGCCAGCGUGUCAGUGGUGGAGGUGGCCACUGAAGAGCAGGCUACAAGACUGGAAAGACUGAAACUGUACAGCAUAGAGCAUGUAGACCUGGGCGCUAGGUACUACAGAGACUACUUCCAUGGAAAAGAGCUCUCAAACUACUUCGGGACAGACGAUAAGCUGGGCCCUGUGGCCUUGAGCAUCCGCAGAGAGAAACUGGAAGACACCAAAGACCUGAAAGACCAGUACCAGUACCGACUCAUCGUCAGGACGAGCGAGCUGGUGACGCUGCGCGGCUCCAUUUUAGAAGAUGCAGUGGCGUCUACGGGGAAGCACGGCACCGUUCGGGGUCUGCCACUCAAAGAGGUCCUGGAACAGGUCGUCCCCGAACUCAACGUGUCCUGUCUGAGACUGGCGCUCAGCACGGCCAAAGUCACAGAGCAGCUCCUUAAACUGGAUGAACAGGGGUUAAGUCAGAAGCACAAGGUGGGUGUUCUGCUGUGCCGUGCAGGGCAGAGCACAGAGGAGGAGAUGUACAACAACGAGGAGGCAUCGCCCGCCUUCUCUGCCUUCCUGGAGCUGCUCGGGGAGCAGGUGCUUCUCAAAGGAUUCACCAAAUACGCUGCACAGCUCGACACCAAGACGGACUCUACGGGCACCCACUCCCUGUACACCACCUACCAGGGCUAUGAGAUAAUGUUCCACGUGUCCACCAUGCUGCCAUACAUGCCCAGCAACCCACAGCAGCUCCUGAGAAAGAGGCACAUAGGGAACGAUAUUGUCACCAUCAUCUUUCAGGAGCCCGGAGCGCUGCCCUUCACCCCGCAAAAUAUUCGUUCACACUUCCAGCACGUUUUUGUUAUUGUUCGUGUUCACAACCCCUGCUCUGAAAACACCUAUUACAGUGUUGCCGUGACGCGAAUGAAGGAUGUGCCCCCCUUUGGACCACCCAUCCCCAGCGGCGUCACCUUCCGGGACCCAGAGACCUUUCGUAACUUCCUUCUCGCCAAAGUCAUCAACGCAGAAAACGCAGCACACAAGUCUGAGAAGUUCCACACCAUGGCGACGCGAACACGGCAGGAGUACCUGCGCGACCUGGCCGAGAACUAUGUCAGCAGCACGCCGCUGGAUUCGGCCGGCAAAUUAAACAACCUCAUCUCCCUCGCAUCUAAGAAACGGGAGCGCACGAAGGCGAGAGAGGGAGCGGAGCUGGGUGCUGCCGGGGCGGUCGCCUGGAGAGUCCAGGCCCAGGACUUUAGCGGAGGCGGGGGAGCAGAACUCCCCUGUGCCUUGGGUGUGUCGGCUGAAUACAUCGUCCUCAUAGACUGCUCCACCAAAGAGGUGGUGUUCAACUGUUUCUGUGCAGACGUGAUCGGCUGGACGCCGGAGCGGCUGGCACUGAAGAUCUUCUACGGCAGAGGAGACCACAUUGCAGUUCGAGUGCCAGAGGGAGGUGCACAGGACAUCAGGGAGAUGGUGCAGAGGUUAAAGUUGUUGACAGUGGGAUGUGAAACUGUGGAUAUGACACUAAGGAGAAAUGGACUGGGACAGCUGGGCUUCCACGUUCGCUUGGAUGGCACCGUAGCUGAGGUGGAGGAGUACGGCUUCGCCUGGCAGGCAGGCCUGAGGCAGGGUAGCCGGUUAGUGGAGAUCUGUAAGGUGGCUGCAGUGACGCUGACGCACGAGCAGAUGAUUGACCUGUUGAGGACAUCGGUGACAGUCAAAGUUAUCAUCAUUCCUCCAUACGAAGAAGGCGGGCCUCGUAGGGGCUGCACCGAGGAGUACGAGAUGAAGACCAUGGAGCAGAAACCAGAACCUGAGCCUCUAGCAGCAGGAUACCGACCCUCUCCUCGCCAGACCUGGCGAUGGGAGAACUCACCUGUUCCUCAAGUGCUCCACCCCACUAGCAUGCAGCGCUGGGCCCCCAUCGGCCCCCCACCUCCUCCACUAGUACGCUCACACAAGCCCCUGAUGCCAGUUCCCUACAGAGAGCCUCAGCACCUCAGCUCCAAGAGGCCGGUCAGCUACCCAGAGAACCACUACAGCCUGUCUCCUGCAGGAGGCGACAGGCCCUACAGAAACCCCUCAGCCAGCUUCUCCUCUCCUCCCUCCGGCCUGGUCAGUCUCACCACGAUGGGACCACCUGGAAUCUCACCGGGCCCCUUUGUGCGCUACAAACCUUCACCCGACAGAUUUGGAACAGGACAGCGCCCCCUGCUGCCGUAUGAUCCUCACCUCGGUGUGGACCUCCUCUCCAGUGGAGAAUCUUCGUCAGGCUUUACCAGUCAGGAGAGUACCAUGGAGCGCAGCAAAACAGAGCCUCUCUGGCAUGUCCCAGCGUCUCGAGGACCAGGUGGUGGAGGGGGGCAGAGGAGAAUGCCCAGACAGGAUGUCCCGGGGAAAGACUCUCCAAACAGACACUCGAAGGGUGAGACUCAGUACUCCAGCCACUCCAGCAGCAACACCCUAUCCAGUAACGCCUCGAGCAGCCACAGCGACGAGCGCUGGUUCGACGGAGGCGCACCUGGAGAGCGAGGAGGCGUGGGUUGCCUCGGUGAGCCGGCCGAUCCUGACCCCGACCUCCUUAACAAGGGAGGAUCCAACGAUAGCGGCAUCGACGCCUCGACCCACUACGGAAACGGUCGCCACAGUAACAUGUCCAACAGCCAGUCCCACAAGGCCAUGCACAGCUCUGCGACCUACAGUGGCAUCCCGGAGCUGUCGGUGGGAAGGAGCGGCGGCAGCGGGGGGGAGGCUAAGAGACGAGAGUCUUCGCCCAUUAUACCAGCUGCGGCCAAUCAGAACAAAGGGUACAGGACGAGGACGUUCCCUCCUCCUGGCUCCAGCGCUGAUAAAAUGGAUGCUUUCAAGCCCAGGGCCUACACACCGCAGGGUUACAAAACUCCAGUGGAGAAACCACGGCCUGUCCGAGCCUCUACCGUAACGCCCACUUCAGCUCAGCUAAGCUCCACCCCUCUGUCCAGCUCCGCCCCCAAGUCAUCAUAUGGCAAGAGCACACCAAGCGGUUGGCAUGCAGAAGACUCCAACCCCUCUCCUUCAAACUCGACUACAGCAUCGAGCUCCGACAGCAGCAACAGCAAGAAGCAGGUGGACACAAAUUCAAAGAACGUGUUUGGACAACCUCGUCUGCGAGCGUCACUGAGGGACCUGCGCUCGCCACGACGGACGUACAAGAGCAGCAUCGAGGACGACCUGAAGAAACUGAUCAUCAUGGACAACCCGGGGGAGACGCCGCAGAGAGACCCUUCUCCCAGACGCCCCCUGCAGCGCACCUUUUCCGACGAGUCGCUGUGCAGCGGACGCAGGGACGCCGGCUUCGCCAGCUCUGAGAACCAGACGACUCCCAGCGACGUGCUGUUCACCUGCACGCUGCCCACACGCAAACACGCCGGCUCCUCCAACCACUCCAACCACAUGCAGAGCAAGAAGGUGCCGCUCUCUGCAUCCGAGCUCUCUCUGACCGAAGUGAGAGACAAGCUCCCCCCUCUGAGGAGGCUCGACCCCGGCAUGAUGCCCCUCCCUGACACAGCCAGCGGACUCGAGUGGUCCAGCCUGGUCAACGCUGCUAAGGCGUACGAAGCACAAAGAGCGGGUUCCCUGUUCUCGCUGACUGACCCGCAGCUCGGAGGUCCAGACACGAGACCGGCCGCUAGUCCAGUCCAGUUUCAGACUCCUCAGACGCCACGGACCACGCCCACACUCAGCAGCGAUGAGGUGCCCAACGAUCUGUCCGGUCGGCUCUACCACCUGGAAGUGAUGCUGAAGCAGCUGAACAAUGACCUGGAGAAAGAGAAGAAAGAUAAGGUCGUCUUACUCGCUGAGAUGGCCAACCUGAGAGAGAACAACCAGCGGCUGCAGGUGGAGAGCCAGACUGCCAGCGAGCAGCUGCGCAAGUUCAGCGUGCUUCUGACCAAUCUCAACAAGCCGGGCAGCGACCACGAGGCUCACUCCUUAGCCGAUUCACAGAGGGAGUGACCGACAGCCAAGGAAGAGAGUGAGGUUCAGGCCAGAGGGAGGGGCUUUCAGUUCCCAUGAUUCCUUGCACUCACAGGGGCGGCAGAUGUCACACUCAGCUUCCACUGGGCUGCCUUAAACCAGAGAGAAAAAGAUGAUCUGGAUUUUUUUAAACCCUUCCAGUAGAGAACCUCCCUCUCUACACGCUCCCUGCUCUGAGCCUGUUUAUUUUUCUAACUGACGUCUGGAUAUUUGUCACACGGUGUAAAUACAUCUGCUACUAUGCCGGAGGAGCGAGCAGGAGUGGAGAUCCUGACUGUUUUAGAGAACACUACAUCACCUGGAGAGGCCUAAUACUGUUCCUGCAGCCAAUCAGCCAAAAAAAAUAAAUAAAUAAGACUGCAUCUCCCAGAAUGCACUAGAAGAGAGGGAGCUCUACAGACGUGGUACUGUAGAUAGAUGCCUGUGUGGUACAAUUCUCAUAUAUCAAUAUUAUCGACAAUGUAAUGAUAUUGUAAAGAGACGUACUAAAGGUGUGUGUGUGUGUGUGUGUGUGUGUGUGUGUGUGUGUGUGUG